AUGACCAAAUAUCGAGCUUCUUUGUAUAACCAGACUUUUUCAAAUGAGUCAAAACGGUUUUAUGGCCAUCCUCAAUUCCUCGGCUAUGUCGGCAAGACGAAAAGAGAACAAUCCUUAGAAGAGCUACGGCAACACAUACACAAGUACUACAUACCUUUGGGCCGCCAGUUCAUGGUGCUAUUCCCUGAAGGUGGCUUCCUUCACAAGAGAAGGGAGGUCAGUCAACGGUUUGCAGAAAAAAAUAAUCUACCCAAAUUGGAAUAUGUAUCGUUACCUCGGGCCGGUGCAAUGAAGGUUAUAAUGGAAGAGGUCGGUCCACAUAGAGAUGAAGGUGCCAGUACUUCAAGAGAGAAUUCAAAAAAAGAUAAUAAUUUCAACCAAAACAACACAAGCAAAAUGAUCAUCGACACUAAAUCUGGUGACAGCAUAGAAUGGAUAUUAGAUGUAACAAUAGCGUAUCCCGAUAGAAUCCCGCUACAUCUCCAGGACAUCGUGUGCGGCAUAAGACCGCCAUGUGCCACGCAUAUACAUUAUAGGCUAUAUCCUAGUAAUGAGGUUCCUUCAGAUCCGGAAGAAAUGACUCAGUGGCUCUACGAUAGGUUUAUAGAGAAAGAUAAGCUACUUGAGGAGUUCUACCGUACGGGUCACUUCCCUGUCAGAGGGAACAACUCUCAAUCCGUUCGACAAGUCCGACAAGACAACCUUCGUUAUCUGAUAUUGCAUUUAUUCUUUAUAGCAUCAACAUUCUUACAGUACAAGAUAUGUUGUGAACUCUGGAGUUAUCUUUGGUAA